GGAGAUGGCGGGGCGGCCUCGGAGCGUCUGCACCCGGAAGUCUCAGCAGGGCAGAUCCAGAAGCGAAGCCCAAAGGGAGGGACUUCCGCUAGAGGCGCGCCGCUACCCAGACCUGUUGUCCCCUGUCAGCAGUCUUAUCCCAAGCAGUAAUGAACUCCUAGUCCUGCUCACACGAGGGGGCGGGGAGGGGAAGAACCUUGGGGCUCGCCGCCUCCCGCACCUGUCCAUCGCCCGCCGUCCGUCCUGGAGUCCCCGAGCGGCUCCUGCGUGGGGCAAGGGGGAUGGCGGGAAGAGAAGAAGCCCAGUCCUUCUCUCCCACCAGGCCUGUGUGCUUCCUGGGGGAGAUGGGUGCAUGCCGCCCUGGGUGAGGUUGUGCCCGACCUUGUAUAUGUUGUCCUGGCGCCCUCUGCUGGCCUGCGUGUGCAUGAGCAGGGAGGACCCUAUAAACGAUGUUUUGGGGGUUGAGUAGGUAAGGUUCACUGGGCUUAGUUGUUAGGGUGCUGGGGACUCAGUACAGAAGGAUCUGGGGCAAAGAGAAAAAGGAAGCGGUGGAGAAGAAAGAAGAGGAAGGAAGGAAAGAGAGAACAAAGGAAGAAAGAAAUCUGGUUUUUACAGAAAAAAGUCAGCUAAUUGAAACUUGGGUACUAUUUGGCGUUGGUUUGCUGAAUUUAAGCCAACAUACACAGAGUGCAUUGACCUACAAUGAUGUGCAUGUGAACUUCACUCGAGAAGAGUGGGCUUUGCUGGAUCCUUCCCAGAGGAGUCUAUACAAAGAGGUAAUGCUGGAGACCUACAGGAACCUCACUGCUAUAGGAUACAAUUUGGAAUAUCAUAAUAUUGAAGAGAAUUGUCAAAGUUCUAGAAAACAUGCAAGGUUUGAAAAUAGUCAUAGUGGAGAGAAAGCUUCUGAAGAUACUCGAUAUGACGAAGUCUUUACACGUCACAUUAGUCCCCACACAUAUAAAAGUAUGCAUAUUGGUGAGGAUCGCUAUGAAUGUAACCAAAAUGGUAAUGCCUUUGCACAUAACAGUCACCUCCUAACACAUAAAAGGACACAUAUUGGAGAGAAACCUUAUGAAUGUAACCAACGUGGUAAAGCCUGUGCACGUAACAGUAAUCUAAUACACGAAAAAAAUCACAAUGGAGAGAAACCUUAUGAAUGUAACGAAUGUGGAAAAGCCUUUGCACGUAAAAGUACUCUCAUAGUACAUGAAAGAACUCACUCUGGAGAGAAACCUUAUGAAUGUAACCAAUGUGGUAAAGCCUUUGCAUGUAACAGUAGUCUCCAAAUACAUAAAAGAACUCACACUGGAGAGAAACCAUAUGAAUGUAACAAAUGUGGUAAAGCCUUUGCACGUAACAGUACUCUCCUAGUACAUGAAAGAACUCACACUGGAGAGAAACCAUAUGAAUGUAACCAAUGUGGUAAAGCCUUUGCACAUAACUGUCAUCUGGUAGUACAUAAAAGAACUCACACUGGAGAGAAACCUUAUGAAUGUAACCAAUGCAGUAAAGCCUUUGCACGGAGCAGUCAUCUGGUAGUACAUAAAAGGACUCACCCUGAAGAGAAGCCUUAUGAAUGUAUCCAAUGUGGUAAGGCCUUUAAACAUAACAGUAAUCUCCUGAUACAUAAAAGAACUCACACUGGACAGAAACCUUAUGAAUGUAACCAAUGCGGUAAGGCCUUUGCACGGAACAGUCAUCUGGUAGCACAUAAAAGAACUCACACUGGAGACAAACCUUAUGAAUGUAACCAAUGUGGUAAAGCCUUUAAACAUAACAGCAGUCUCCUGCUACAUAAAAGAACUCACACUGGACAGAAACCUUAUGAAUGUAACCAAUGUGGUAAAGCCUUUGCACGGAACAGUCAUCUGGUAGUACAUAAAAGAACUCACACUGGAGAGAAACCUUAUGAAUGCAACCAAUGUGCUAAAGCCUUUGCAUGUUACAGUGCUCUCCUAAAACAUAAAAAAACUCACACCUGAGAGAAACCUUAUGAAUAUAACGAAAGUUGCAAAGACUUUGCACGUAACAGUAAUUUCCUAAUACAGAAAAGAACUCCCACUGGAUAUAAACCUUAUGAAUGUAACCAAUGUGGUAAAGUCUUUGCACAGAAUAGUCAUCUGGAAGUACCUAAAAGAACUUACAUUGGAGAGAAAUCUUAUGAAUGUACCUCAUAUGAUAAAGUGUAUGCAUUUCAGAGUAGUCUCUGAAAACCUAAAAGAACACAACUUGAAGAAAAAAACAUUAUGAAUGUAAUCUGUUUGGCAUCAUCUUUGUACAACACAGUCAUCUCCUAAUACAUAAAAAUGCAUGUUGCAGAAAAUUCUUAUGAAAAUAACCAAUGUCAUAAAAGCUUUUCAUGUAAGAGUCAUCUUGAACAAGAACACUUACUGGAGUGAAACCCUAUGACUGUAAUCAAUGUGUUAAAGCCUUUGCAUGUCAUAAUAAUCUCCAUGUACAUAGAAGAAUACACACUGGAGGAAAACUAUGAAUGUAACUAAUGUGAUAAAGCUUCUUGACGUAAUAAUAUCAUAUGACAGAAAGAACAUAUACUGGAGAGAAACCUUAUGAAUGUAACCAAUGUUCUAAAAGUUGCUCUUCACACUCAUCUUCAAAGUCAUGAAAGAAUUCAUAUUGGACUGAAAGACUAUGAGUGCAUUUAGCAUGGUGAAGCUCUUCCACAUUUGUAUAGUCAUCAUCAUUAAAGAAUUCAUACUGGAGAGACAUUAAUGAAUGUUUUAAAAUGUGAGGGCUUUGCAUAUAUCUAUAUUUUUCAUCAUUAUAAAGGUUUCAUAAUGGAGAGGAAUUCCAAGAAAAAAACAUUUUUAAGAGGUGCAGCUGAGAGGCACUGUGGUUAUGUGGACUAGAUAUGCAAAAUAUUUCAAGUGUUUCACAUCUUUCUUCUUCACAUGUUCUCUUUACAAAAUAAUUAGAACCCUGUGUCUCUCCACACCCCUGCCCUGUGGAUCUUCUGUACUUUCUCCUGCCUUCUUUGAUUUCUUUUGUUUUCAACCCAUUAAGAAUUUAUUGUAAUGGAGACUUAAAAAAUGAAAUAAAAUGAAUUUUCAAAUCUUUU